AUGAACCAAAUCUCUGUUGGAAAUAGCAACACCAGUCAUGGUGAAGACGAUUGGCAAGUACCUUCCACCAAAAGAGAUGCUUCAGAAGAGCUCUCCAGUAUAUUUGCUUCAAGCAUUGAGUGGGGCCGGAACAAAGAGUUGGUUCGGCGAUUCCUCAAGAUUCUCGAAUCACACGACAGCUUGAGGGAGACUCUCUUUUCCUUUCCAUGGAGGCCCGCUGGUUGGAACAAGUAUGAUUACGUUGGUAAAACUAGAAGUGGCAGGAGGAUGAACUUGAGUCUGUCUCCACUUUGUCACUUAAUUUUCGCAGGGGGGGAUCUUGCGUCGAUCAAGUCGAUCUACCGAAAGCAGAACUUGGAUCAACGUCAAGCUGUUACCAACCGAAAUAAGGAAAUCAAUCCUCUCCACGUUGCCUGCAUUUCUCCUCGAACAUCAAAGGAAAUAAUUUCUCUCCUUGUGCAAUAUGAAACACCCUAUAACAUUCAGCGCACAACUCGGCACAAUCUACCCGACCAAUUGAACCGCUUGCCCAUCCAUCACUUUGUCCUGCGAUGCUGGGCACAGGAUAAAAAUGAUCAAGACAAUCUAUUGAGCAACAACAAUGAAGAAUCCAUCCAAGAAGUUUUGACCCUACUGAUUGGCCCAUUCAGCGCAGGCAUCAGGUCGCAUAAUCUCAUGACAACUGUGUUCAUGCUGGCAGUAGAGAAAAAUGUCCACAGAGCCAUUCCUUAUCUGGCAAGCAGAUUCGUGGACCUUGGGUGGAAUAGAGACCUGAAUCUAAAGGGGCUUGAUAUCACCGCAGCCUUGGGGUUGACAAACCCUGCUGUACUCGCAAAAUUAGCAACGCUCCAUGUGGGAACCCGCACAGCUCCUCAGCCGGAGGCCUUGAGACUCUUGUUCACUGCAUUGGAAAAGAAUAAAUCCAUCGGUUAUCUAAACGUGACAAUGGCAGAUGAUAUUCCCACCGAAGAAACACUCAAGGCUUUUGAGUCCUUUGUAGCUGAGAACAGGUCCGUGAAAAGACUCGCGCUGCAUGCUGGAACGAGCGAGCCUGCCCGGACCGGUUCUGCAAUGAUGUUGAACGCUCUUGUCCGUGGCAUGCAGUCCAAUUGGACUCUUCAAGAUUUGGAGCUCUGUUAUUUUGUGCUGAGGGGAAAUGAUACUCUGCUGGUGUCAUUAUUUCGCUGUGCCCCUGAACGUAUGGAUUUGGUCAAGUGCGAAUGGAUGGCAGAGGAUCCAUUGACAACCCAGGAGGUAUUGUCCUAUGGACUCACUCGGUUGACCUGUUUGACGAUGUGGGGUGCUGCAUUUCAGAGUGAAUCUUCGAUUGCGGUUGUCUUGGGGCGACUGGAAAACGUGCCGACACUGAAAGAACUCAAAAUCGACCACCUCCAGCUUCAGACUUGCGGGCGUGUUGCGGCAGAUGCUCUGUCAAAACUUUCCAACCAUAGACCAAGCCUAUUGAAGAUCCAUGUCACAGGUUGCCCUGUGGAUUUGACUUCCAUCUGUGAGGGACUGAAAACCAACACAACCUUGACAACUCUCAAUGUGGAACUCGACAAUAGCUACAAACAGCACUUCGAAAGACUAGCGGCAUUACUGGGGGAUCACAACACUACCUUGCUUCACUUCUCGUGCAAUGGUUCGAACUUUACUCCUGAAUCAUCAGCGUGCCCAUGGGGCUAUUCGAGUAUAUACUAUUACCUGGAACUGAAUCAUUUGGGCCGCGGAGAGGUUCGCCAAAUGCAACUUUCGCUGGAGCAAUUCGUCUCGCGUCUUCAACAAGUGAUUGAGGGCUCCGAAGAAGGCCAAUACUACGCAAGGGAGUAUCCAAUCGCCGGGGAUGUAAGCCUCCUUUACGGCCUCUUGCGUGAAACACCAGCACAAUGGAGCGUCGCGGCGGGAGAUUCCACGCAGAAACGAGCCGAUACCCGACGUAGAAAGCGCACACGGAUGGAUGAGGAGCGCAGGCCAGAGAAAGCAUUGAAGUUGCUUUGAGCAACCAUGAAAGUCGGGUUGGAAGAGGUGGUUCAUUGAACCCCCGUCGGGCUGAAUGUGCUCAAGCUAUGGAGACAUGCGUUCAAUUGUGGAAUGGUCCCUUGCAAUAUGCUUGUGAGCCGUCUAUGCUUCUCUGAUGCCAAAGCAAAACAGGAGCAACUACAGGUUUUCCUUGUUGUCUUGUUCUUUACUAUUUACAAAUGCACUCAUUGAAGGGCCAUGUAUCUGCUCUCUUCACUGAUCCAUCUCAUUCAAUGUAAUGUUGCUUUGUGCAAGUGCUGCCUUGGUCAGCCCCCGCACCCACCCUGCUCGAUUGGCCAAGUAGGUGUCAUAGACGUGCAAGACAUACUUUUGCAUUUCACAAACACGCUCCUUUGGAAUGGCUUUUAGAAUCUCUCUUGUCCUGAGUGCGUCCUUUUCUUCAAUAAACACUGCAGCAUCUUCCCACCGAACAACAUGUUCAUUGAAUGGUGGCAACCAAUCAUCGGCAUACACAACCGGGAUGGUCCCUGCUGACAUUGUCUCGGUGAAUCGAUAGGAGUACAAGGAGUCUCCUUUGGGCGUCCCACCAAAGGUUGAGUUGAGCAGCAACUCGCGGUACCCAAGAGUAUCCACGUUUCUAUUCAUGCGAUCAUCUGCGUAAUCCUUUUGAUGUGCCAGUCUCACAAACAUGUCAUCCGUAUGAUUAAUGGCUGCUUCAGCCAGUUUCUCACGUCCAUAUCCACCCCUCCCUUGAAAGGAAAAGAGGAACUUUCGUGGACGACAAUCUUCAAUGUCAGCUCGAUCCUGUGCCGUGAGAUCGACCGGUUUGACGGCCGGAGGCGCCAAUCCCAAGUCAUGAUUUGGGCGUGCGUUAGACUUGGUUUCACUGUAACUGGCAAAGACGACUUGAUGGUUGUUUUGCACAAUGUCCUUGGAAAACUGUCCGUCUUGACGGCCACAGAUUUGCUUGAGAUUGUCCUUGCGAAAACCAAAACAAUUGAGUACCACCAAUCGAGACUUGGGGUUGGCCGUCAGCGCUGGGGAUUGUGCCGCCCGCCAAAUGUACUGACACGAUUGUUGAAUGGGUUUCUUGUAUCCGCCGCCACUGUGUCGUCCCCACGCUUCUCCUUCGGCAUUGACCCACCACUUGUUGCCGACGUAUUUGGGGUAGAGAAAGUCAAAACACGAGUCGACAUCCAAAUACACUACCAGCGUUCGAUUGGGAUCGGGAUUUGCUUCCAAGUCGGCCCAUGCGGAUGCAUUGUAAUGCGAAUGUUGCUUGGUGGCAUUGAAGAAUUCACUCGUGACGAUGCGGCGACUAAAGUUCAAAUCAGCCGGAGUGUUCCAGCCAUAGUUGGUGGUGGUGAUUUCAUACUGAGCUCCUCGUUUGUGGUUGAUGUUGUUUUCUCGCAGAUGUCGGGAAUUUUGACUCGCAAUGCUUUCGAUCCAUUGAUGCAGCACACUCGGUGCUCUCAGAUAGCUGAUAUUGAGCAACGAAAACCCCAGCAGGGCCCACAUCUCGACGUGGUCUCUCAUGUUUGUUGUUUCUCACUUAUUUCUAAUCGGACUAUUCAAUCUGCUUUUGCGACAAUAUCGUACGGUAGCUCUGGCUAGUAUGGCAACGCCAACUAACUUAUACUAGGAAAGAGAGCCCUCUUCU